UCCGACCGGCUUCCAGUGUAUAAACCUCGCUCCGCCGUGCAACAUCGUGACGUGUGUGAUAUUAAACUUUCAAACUUUCUAUCAUUUUAAUUAAUUAAGUGACAUUAUUUGUGAGUGAUUCUACCUUCCACCAACAACUCGACAACGAUGUGUGCAAUGGUUAAAAGCGGUCCCCACCAUUUUGUGACUUCUUUAAAAUUCUUCUCAAAAAUCGGAAUAUCUUGCCACGGUGUCUGAAGAGAGAAGCAUGCGAAGAAGAAGAUCGUCGAUCGAGGAACAGACCAGAGCUGGACUCGAGACAUUUUCAACGGUUUGAAAGUUUGCAAAUCGCGGCCGCAGUUAAGCGAAACUAGCGAUGGAAAAGAUGGUCGCGAAUAACCGACAAGUGGUUGCAACUGAAGUGUCGUCGUUAAGAAGCUAAUCGCAGUCAUGUCGAACGAGACUAACACGACCGACGAUUAUCUCGACUACGACUACGACAUCAACGAGUCGUUCAGUCAAUUCGACUGGUCGGAAUUGGCACCCAUACUCGUCAUCUACUCCCUCACCUUUUUCCUUGGAUUAAUCGGAAAUGUCGUCAUCAUCGCUUCUACUCUGUGCCCGAGAUUGAGACCCUUACCCGCUACACCGACCAACGUCUUCCUGGGUGGUUUGGCAACGGCCGACCUUUUGCUUAUAAUUUUCUGCAUUCCUGUAAAGGUAGCCAAGCUGUUCUCUUACACGUGGACAAUGGGCUUGUUCCUAUGCAAGUCGGUGCAUUAUAUGCAGAGCGUAUCGGCUAUUUGCUCGGUCGUCACGUUAACCGCGAUGUCGGUCGAAAGGUAUUACGCGAUUGUUCAUCCGAUGAGAGCACAAUACACGUGCACGAUAAGCCAAGCCCGUAAAAUAGUGAUUAUAACUUGGGUGGCAUCGUUCCUUCUUGGUAUUCCAAUGAUUUUCACCCAGACACACAUGGAGGUGGGAAUGAGGGUGAUCGCUUAUUGGUGCGUCCGCGAUUCAGAUGCGGGUCUUUUGUGGCGUGCACACGAGGUUUACAUGCUCGUUUUGGUUCUGGUGUUACCUCUCUCAGUCAUGGCGUUUUGUUACACAGCUAUUUGCUGGGAGAUCUGGCAAGUUAUGAAACGCCGAUAUCACAUGACAUCACGACACGCAUUAAGCCAGCACAAUACCGAUACCGAAUCGAUACCCAUGACACAGAGGCAAAGUGCGCGAAACGGUGGUCGUCGUUAUCGAGAAGACGGACAGACGGAAGAAGAAUCUCGUACCAUGAAACAGGUAGUGAAGAUGCUGGUGGCUGUGGUGGUGUUGUUCGCCAUUUGUUGGGGUCCAAUUCUGGUAGACAACACCCUCACCGCCUAUGGUGUUUUACCAAGUAUGAAAUGGGGAAUGUACAAACAUUUGAACACCACGUUUCAGUUGAUGGCUUAUUUUAACAGCUGCAUAAAUCCUAUCAUCUACGGAUUUAUGUCGAAGCACUUCAGGGAGAGUUUCCUAUCCGCCGCUUGCGGUGGUUGGUGGAUCUGUUGUCCGAGAAGGGGGUACAGGGCUCCGGUGAAGAGGCACCCUAGCCUCAGCCAAACCAGGACAACCAGUGUCAGAUUGAUAUGGAUAAAUAUGUAUGAUACCCUGAGGCGAUGAAAAAAAAUCCUUUCUUUCUGUCGUCGUUCCUCUGCCUUCAAUGGUCUGUAUUUUUCUUCUACACAUUUUUGUUGUUCGAUUAACUCUCUGCGAUUAUCUGUUGAUUCCAACUGAUCGAUAUUGGACAUAACACUCGUUUUUUUUUUUUAAAUUCAAUUAACACGAAUUUUAUUUUCCUGUAUUCAAUAGUCUCGUUGUUGGAGUUUUUGAAAAGAUACUAGGGAAGAUUUGAGAUUCGAGGCUUUUGCUAGCAUGCUCUACAAAUUUGGAAAUAAAAAUGGAGUAUAGAGAAUCUAGGAUUUCGUUUUAAGAAUUUUGCACGACUUUGAUUUUUUUUAAAGAAAUUUUUAAUUCGCACUUUAUGCACUUAUGCUCGUAUUAAGUUACAGUUUUAUUUAAUAAACGACACGUUAGUUAAAUCGAGGGAAAAAAAUAGUUUGUGACAAGUGUUCGUAACGUUUGAAGGAUUAAUAGCUCGAUAUCAAUCCGGAGAAUUGGCUUAGCCGGUGGAACGAUGAAAUAUCACGCGAGCUACGAACCAUUUCCGUUUCCUAUUUCGCCCCUUUCCAUCGCGUUUGAUUUUUCAGAUGGACUUGAUUUUUUCGUCGUGCCCGGCCCACGUCGAGGCAGCUCUUUCACAGGUAGAGAAAUCCUAGUGACGAGAGUGCCGAGGGAGAAUCAGAGACGAACACCACCUUGAGGGGAAAGGGUGUGUUUUCUUUCUUUUUCACCCGAGAUUCCGACCCGGAAGACGAGAUUUCUCCGCGACACUCGAGUCGAUUACCUUUAAGGACGUCUGUGUAAAUGGUGCUAAAGCCGUUUCUCGUGAAUCCCACGCGUCGUUAAGGUAUGCUUGAAAAUUGCGUCGACGAUCUCAGAGGACGGUUUGUAACGAAAUUUCCUAAUUCUCCCGUCGUUUCGUCAAUUCUCUGACCAACAUUACAGGUCGUCGAUGUUUAUAUAAACUCUUGCUUGAACCCUUGUGAAUUUGUAAAAUCAUCGAACAGCAGGAUACUGAUUGGUUUGAGAGAAUCAUUUUAUGCAAUGUGUUUAUCGGUUUUCCGAAUGCGUAUGAACAGGUACGUCGUUGAGUGAGUGAACAAUUAUUCGUGAAAUCUGAACAUGUUUCACGUUGUUUUUUUCAGGUAAUUUAAUAGAAAUUUCAUUGAUUUUAUGAGGUAGAUAUUUGAGUGCAUGUAUGGGUGAAAAAAUUAAUAUUCGAUACAGAAUAUCCAUUGUUCCUGUAUUUUCAAUUGCAAGAAGAAUAACGAAUUGUACGUGACACGUAAUACACGAUUUUAAUGAAAAAGGUUUCAUGAACGUGGACUCUGAUACUAACCAUUUGUUCGGAAUAAUCAUAAUUUUUGUGACAAUGAUUAACACAAUAUUAAAAGAAAGAAAUUAUUGAUUAUCCUGAAACAAUUUGUGAAAUCUUUUUCACUUCAUGAAUUUGAAUAUCGUAGUAUAUCUGUUAGUAUCCAUAACAGUAUAUGGCUUUACUAGAUCGUUUCUUACUUUUUCAAUAUACAAAAUAUUUUUUCAAUAUGAAAAAUAAGAAAUGAUACAGGCUCUUUGAAUCUUUCCAAUUUCUGCUGAAAGAGAAUCUUUUCCAGUAUUGAUCGAUGUAAUUGACUGUGAGACACUUAUUUAUUUAUUUGUACAUACAGAUCCAAUAUUCCUCUAUUUUAGAGUACUUUAAAUAAUCGAUGCUUCAGAUCUUCGACAGUCUCGUAGUUCUAUUAUAAAACGAUACGAUCGUAUCUCAAUUAGCAUUUAUCUUGAUAUCACGCUUCAAACCUGAUUAAUUCCAAGAUUAGAUGAAUAAUCGUGUAAUCGAGUUAAGUGUUAAUAGUUGUCCAACGAAAAUCUUGGAUGAUUUUCAUCAAAUGGGGAAAAGAAUCGCUAACCGACUGACAGAAAAACAUACGUAAUAUUUUUACGUGAAACUGUACCCAUGAGACAAGGAGAAAAAAAAAAGAAAUACAGAAAUCGUAGCUUUUUGUGUCCAACACGCCACACUAGCAGUGAGACAUAAGAUAAAUUCCAGUCUUGGGGGAAACUCUGUAAAAAUUCCACCGACGUUUAUUCUGUAGAUUCUCUCGAGACGAAGAAUCUUCGAAACUGUGCUUUUGUCAUUGUAUCGUUAGGAGAGCAUUAGAACAUGACAGAAAUAAAAGAAUCUUUCUUUAUUUAUACAAUUGUAAGGGAAUGAAAUUACUUGGUAAGAUAGGACUUUUUGUAAGAUUCUUCAGUAACGCAACGAUGGCUCAAUUAGUUGACUAAUUAAACGGAACGAGAACGAUGGCGAUGCUUAAUGAAGCGCGCUGAUCGAUCGAUUAGCUUCCGUUCGCAUUAAUUACGAAUUCGUUGGAUCAUAGUUUGCACGCGAUUGUGAGAAUCGUAUGCGUCUGUGCGUAAGACUUUAUUUUACGAAAAUCAGUGCAAGCGUUCGCGAUUAAACGCUGCGCUGCCAAUUGAUUCUUUUACCUCGACGAACAGAAAAUUAUUCCGUAUAAGCUCCUUUUUUUAUUAGACAUUUUGUCAGCUUUCUUUGUAAUUCAUUUUUACACGAGCGACGAACAAUUACGUGGAAACGUAUGAAUAUUUACGUGGAUAUUCGCAUGUAUUAUAUACGAAUAAAUUCUUAAAGGUACCAUUAUGGAAUCCUUUUAGAAUAAAAAGAACCUAGCAGCAGAAGAAAUCCUUAUCCAUAAGAAAUUUUCCAUAGGUAAUUAAAAAUUGUGAUAGAGAAAUAAUUUAAUGAAAAGAAGAAGGUCGAGACUGUAUAAAUAGUUCGAUCGACGGUAUUCGAUUUACUCGGAAUUUUAGAUCAACUUUAUAAUUUCUGAAUGAAUAUUUAAAAUUUCAUUAACAAUUGUUGCGACGAAAUUUCGUAUCAUCCUGCGGAGAAUGACAUGAUAAUUUUACGAAAUAGUACAUGGAACAUUGAUUAAAAUAACAAGUGUCGUCCGGUAGAAAUUUCAUAAUUAUUCCUCGAGUUGGAAUGAAAAUAAGCUUCUAUUUUGUCGAGCAUAUUAUUACGAAGUCAUGCGCUUUAGUCGAGGUUCCCAGCAUUAAUUUCAACACUGCUACGUAGCAGUAAUUUAAUUUCUCAUUUUCCUCACUUUUCCCUGAUUUUUUCUUUUUCUUUUCCUUCUUUGACGUUGUCUCUUUAUUUUGAGAAUUUUUCUCCUCGUCUCGUCGUUGAAACCGAACGAUGAAUUCCAUCUGUGAACAGAAAGUACAGUAUUCCAAAACAUCUUUCAAUUUUACAGAAAGCAUUCGGUGUAUUGAUCUAUUCGAAAAGGAAACAAUUUGAAAAAAUACAUAGUAAUUUGUAAAUAAAGAUCCUUUUCAAAAAGAAAUAUACCUUUCGAAUUCAUCGAUUGGAAAUUUUAUAAAAGAGCUUUUUUAAUUUAUACUCUAACUUUGUCCCCUUUGUCGUAACAUUAGCUACUGUUACUGGUUUAUUUGAGAAGUUUGUAACAAAGGAUCAAACGAGGGCAGAGAUCAAAGGAAGGAAUUUCAUUUUUUCGUUAAAUUCAUUUUCAUAAAAGUACAGCACCUUGUUGUUUUCACCGACUACUAUCUGCAUCUUCUCAUCAAACUUGUCAAACGAAAAGUAGUCAUUGGUGGACGGUUUCAAAUUUCCUCCAAAUAUGGCAAAUUCUUCCUCUGGUUGUAUAUGAUCUCUGAAUUCUGCUUUCUUCGAGGAUUUUCUAUCACUAUCCCCGUCCACUUUUUUCCUUCUUUGCACUUUAUUUUCUUGAUCUUGAGGAAUAGUACCCUCCAACACAUCGAUUACGCGAAGUUGAAACGUCAACGAGCAUUUUCCAGUGUUAUGAAUCUGAAAAAUUACAAAAAUAAAAGGAAGAAUUUUGUAUAUUUCAUCAAUGAUUGAAAUUCGAACUUCUGAUGGAAACGUUCCAAGGGUGAAAUUUCCUAGUUUUUCGAAACUGAAAUCCGUAGCAGAGAAAAUUCCUUCAACAUUUUCGCGAUCUAAUUACUAACGAGCUCGUUAAGUUGCUAGGCGAUUAGCUGGAGUUUUAACAGCGUUCAGAGGCAAAGUGAAUCCAAAUUACAUCGUUUGUAACAUGAAAGGUAAAAGAUAAAAGGAACGAACAAAGCAGAAAUAAUAGAUAACAAAGUCCUCGUAAUUUAUGUAAUGUAGUCGGUAUGACAUUGUACUCUACCUAUGUAUUCAUGCCAACAAGACAUGCCUUAGAAGCUGUCGUUUGAUGAAUGAAUAAAUAAUUGGAUAACAUUAUUAUAUAUAUAAUUGGAUAAUACGAUUAAAUGAAAAUUCUGACAAUAUUUCUGGAAAAAUAAAAAUGCAUUCGUUAGUAUGAUAAUAAAAGCUAAAAGCUGCUUAACAACCUUUGAGUGUCUGUCGAGGAUAUUUAUGAAAAGUAGCAACUUUCAUUAUGCGAGUAAAGAAUCCGUUCAAUUUCAUUUUAAAGUGAAACGAAGAGAAAGCAGGAAACAGAAUAGCGAAGAAUUUUACUGUAAUGCAGUUUUGCCGUAACUGCAUCUCGUGAUACUUAAUUUAUGGAACUAGUUAUGAGGAAGACAUUUUCAAGAUUCGAAGGGAACGUAAUCAAAUAUCAAGCACACCUGUGCACCCCACAACUUGUCGCGGUGAAAUCGUUCGAAUAUUCUCUGCAUAUAAAUGAUUCGCUCUAACCUCGGUCGCAAGUAUGCAUAAUAUUGAUCCGGCACCUUUGUUAAAUAUUUCACCGUAAAAUUUAUUCAUCGAACGCCUUCGAUGAAUAUUUUCCGUCGCGUCGAUGGAAACGUCCGGUCCGCAAUUAUCCCUGUCCGUAAUUAACCGCGAUCUUUAAUCAAGGACGGGAAACGAUUUAAUUUUAGUUUGCACUCGAUGCCGGAGAAAAAUUUCAUUUUUACUUUGGACAAUAGAUCGCAGCUUUGUCCACGGAGGUGGAACGCGUGCGGUGAAGCCGCAAGCGGAAAUUGUCCCUCUGAAAUUCUCCUGUGGCUACUUUGAUGCUGCAAAGGGCCGGAAGUUGGUGGAAUUCAAGCGAAUCGGAGGACGUUCGUGCUUUUAAGAUGACGAGAAUAACUGGUCCGAUUGGCAGGAAAUGUACUGCGUCAGAUUUCAAGCUCGAACUUCCGGGAACGAUUAAGCUCGACGUUAUUCAAUUAACAAGACGAAUUGUACGGGUAAAUACGAGGAAAGCAUAGGAUACGAUAUCGAAGGAGCUGAUUAAUCGAUCGUACUUUGAAGCAGUUUAAUUGGUGGAUUUACUGGAAUUCCGUUUAACAUCUGAUCUUGCUUGAAUUAUCAGUUUAAAGCUGGAGAACAUUAAACCACAGAAAUUUCCUUAAGCAAGAAGUGUUAAAUGAAAAUUUGAAAAAUUUCCUACAACUAAGCAGACAAAUUUAAAUAGCCAGAUUUUGUUACAUUAUUCGACCGUGAUAGAUCAAUGUCAGAUUAAUUUUCGCAUAGUCGACUAUCAAAAAUGAAAGCCUGAUCGAUUUAACGUUAUCUCGAGCAAACGGGUCACGCUUUACAUCGGAUACAGAAGGUUCGGUAAGAAAAACGCCGAUAUUCCAUCAAAAGCUUGCUGGAGAAAUAUUAUUCUAAAUCGCCUGAGGCAAGUAUUGUGAAUGUGGUGUGAAGAAACGACGAAUGCCGAUAGCUUUAUCUACGUCCCUUAUGGCCAAAGGGGUACGUGAGUUAAGGGUGACAAGAAACACGAAUUUUAUCUUACUCAACGACGUCAUGGAAUUACGUGUAAACUAUCGAGAAAAGAUUAUUUAAAUCUUAGAAACAUUGGUGUUUUUCACGUCGUUUAAUCGGCCUGACUAAAUUUGGUUUUAUGUUGGGACCAUAUCUACGUUAAAUAUCCAAUGGCCAUAAACGCGUCAAUUAAUGGGAGAAAAAAUAACGUGCCAAGUUUUACAUUUUUAAGUGGCUACAUUUAUGCAUUGACCGUAACAACGCGACGCAAUAGGCGUGAAGUUUCUUUGAUGUGUGAAAAAGACCGCCAACUCAGUUAUCGUUUAACGACUAAUGUCAUCAACAAUAUCGUUAUAAGAUUA